AUGCCACUUGUUGAUGAUAACAAUUUGGACAUUCAAGAGGAAGCAAGUCAGACCAAUCAACCAAUUUGUUUUGCCACCCAUGAUGCAUUCGGAGUGCUGGACCUGGGAGCUUCAAAGACAGUCAUCGGUUCCAACCAUGUGGCAUGCUUAAUUCGCAGCUUGGAUGAGGAAGUCCGUGCCAAAUUAAGUAGGUGUCCAUGUCAAAUUACCUUUAAGUUUGGUAAUCAGGGUACUUUAACCAGCCAGCAAGCACUAGUGGUACCCGUUGGCAAGCUGAGACUCAAGAUCGCCAUUGUUCCAGGCGGCACACCUUUCCUUAUCAGCAGCACGUUCAUGCGUGCCAUCCGAGCUCAGAUCGAUUGUUUUGCACAACGCCUGAUCAGCCCGCAGUUGAAUCACCAGGUUCCUUUAGAACUGACUCCAAGGGGUUUGUUUCUAGUUAAUUUGAAUGAUAUCAUCAAAGCUGCUGAAGCCGAUCAGGGAGCCCGAACACUGUCAACGAAGUUUGUGCAGGACACGUUCAUGACUGCUCCCGACGAAAAAUCAGAAGUCAGCCAAGUGCCACCAGCAUCCGAAUCAGUAGAUAUCAACAAACCACAUGAAAAUCACGUGCCUGGGGUAGAAAACAAUGAUCAAAUGGUUUCAACCGUCUCAGAGUUCGAAGAUCCUGCGUCGGAGAUGGACUUUCACAGUGCCGGCAUCAGUGAGAUCCCGGUUCAAAGCUCCACGCAUCAGGAAGAGACCCCAGUGGAACUUCCCGACCUCAGUGCCUUGACUCUAGCAGAGCUGGCAAAGGAGAAAGUCAGCUUCGGUCAGAAGCACAUGGGGGACACUUACGAGAAGGCCUGGGAAGAUCAGCAGUGGAUCAAUUUCAUGGUGUCCAAGUACGGAUCGAGCAGGGUGUUGACACACCGCCGCCUGAUUCGCUUCGUCGAGCUCAAGGUGGAGGAACACGAACAGGCUCAGAGGGCCAUUCCAUUGAUGCCACCCCGAGAUUCCCUAGCUGGAUAUUCCGACGGGACAAGCGAUCAUUCUGGCAACAGAUCCACCCUGCCCAAAGCAAAAGCUCAACCAGCAGCCCGAUAUGCUCGAUACAUUGGCACUCCCGUUCCUGUGGAGGAAGAAGAGGAAUUCGAGAUGUACAACACGGGGAUUAUGGACCCACCACCACUGAGCCAGGAUCCGGAUUUUCAAGCUGUACAGCAACGAUUGUUGAACAUGGAGGAUGCACUCACCAAGGUGAUUCGUCACCUGGAAGACAGAGCUGGGGACCAAAACCAGCAGUAG